AUGUACGUAAAAUUGCAACAACGGUGCGAGCCUCUGUUCGACACCCACCUGAUCUGGCCCUCGGUUUCUGUGAACGAGACCGUAGAACUGCCGUGUCCGAAGCAAGAAUUUCCCAACCAAACGGCCCAAAGAACUUGCAUUCUGAGGUACAGCUGCAACCGCCCCGUUUGGUCGGUCGGCGAUUAUUCUCGCUGCCCAGACUCGGACGCCUACUCGGACCUCUUCCUAAAAAUCGCGCACAACAGGUACCUCGAGCUGAAGGACCAGACAUGGGAGUACAAAAUCCUUUCGCUGAGUCAGAUCAGCUACUUUCAGUCGGUACUGGUAGGGGUCAUCGCCCUCACCGUAUUCGUGCUGUUCAGGAAACUGAGGAAUGCUCGCACGAGGCUGCACAUGAACACGCUCAGUGCCGUUGUGCUGCAGGCCGUUAUGUGGCUCUUGCACAGUUUUCUUUUCGACACUCAAAUCAUCGAUGGCCACAUGUACCUGCAAGUGUUGAGUGCCUUGGACAUCGAUAUUGCACCAAAAUUGGCUGCCGAUUUUGUACGGAUCGCCGAACAAAUGUUCACGCGCUUGAGUGCACAUUUGUCUUACAUAAUUAUUGCUGGCCUGAAUCGAUACUUCGAAACAGCAACAUUUUUUUGGUUGCUGAUGGAGGGAUGGUUUUUGUACGAGCUGAUCUGCCGCAAGCCCUUAGAAAUGAAAACAUCCAUCAAACGUUAUGCUAUGAUUGGAUGGGGUGAGAAAAAAUAA